AGACAAUUGGCUCAAACAUUGAGCCUAGCUUCGUUUACGUACUGGAUUCACCGCCAGGCAGAUGAUGACAUGUUGAGCCUGACGCCGGCUAUGGCAGUCCCAGGAUUUUCAACUAUCCCAGCUGGUGAGCAACUUGCAGAAGUGCUAGCACAGGAUGCAAGCACUGCAAACACAGAGCUUCUCUCCAGUGGAGAUCCAGUGAAGGUGGUGCUUAGACAUUUGGAAAUGGCAGAGCACCGACAUAUUUUGCAGGCAGCAGUAGUUCUUUUUCAGCGACUUUGCGAAAGUGAACCUUUGCCAGAGCUUCAGAAGCUAGUGAGUCUUGUCAGAGAAGUUCUUUUGCCCACUCUUAUGAUGUUUGAGAGCCAUUUAUCCACCCGUCGUGCGUUCCAGGCAGCGAGCACUUUGACACCACUACUCAACCGGGCAGCUACCCUGGCAGCACAAUCUUGCUCCCUUGCAAUACGAGGGCCAUGGAGCCCUAAUGUCCUGCACCCUUUCUGCGAAGCUGUCUCAGACUUGGCAGAGGUGUUUAGUGGAGCAAUCAUUGCCCGUGCCGAGCUUCGCCGCCCGUUUGAUGCGCCCAGGAUCUAUUCAUCCCAUCGGCGGUUUGCGGAAUUGGCAGCAGCAAUUGGCAAGGCAGUUGCGUCCAGCCCCGCCAGCUGGGAGAUUCAGAGGAAGCUGGCAAACUUGCCUGAAAGACCGGAACAUUGCUGGCGAUACGAUCAACUGAGGCACUUUUGGAAUUCAAGCUGCUCAGAGAAGUACGGCGACGCGGUCCCGAUAGAUGAGCUGGCCAUCCUGCUCCUGCAAGCAGCAGGAGCUGAUGUUUCGCUAGCCAACAGGGAGGCCCUCAUGCGACGAAUGCACACUGAUUCCAGACGAAUUUCUGGGAAAGUUUGCGCUGAUGAAUUGGAUGCAUUCUCUGCAGAGAUUCGUCGAAGUGGUGGCCUCAAGGCGUGGGUUCAUGGUGUAGCGUUUGGAGGAGAUCUGGGAGGAGACUGGAUGGGACCAUGCAGACCACGCCUUGGACGAGCAGCUUUCCCUACGACCAAGCGGUGGGAUCAUAGUUCUCGCGCUUUGCGUCCAGCAACGCUUCAGAAGCAGACCGAAGGUUGCUUGGUGGAUGCUGUGGCACAAGGCUUGCUGAAGGCAUCGCAGCGCUUGGUCUUGGGCCAGAAGGCUUCACCAAAUGCUCGUGAUGCCCACGGCGACACUGCGCUGCACUUGGCGGCCUCGUUGGAUUUUAAGCAUGGGUCUUUGGCAGCACUGCUUUUGAAGAAUGGGGCCGAUAUCAACGCACAGGACAGGCACCUCGGAACACCGUUGCACAAUGCCGUGGCUGGCCAGAGCAAUUUGGCCAAGGAGCUGGUGGAAAACGGGGCCGACAUAGGCCGAGAGGAUCGAUGGAAGCGCACUCCUUUGCACACAGCUGCGGAGCACGGGAAGGCAGAGUUGGCCACGCUUUUACUUCACGAAGGCGCAGGAAUCACCGCCAAUGACUGGGGCGCCACACCAUUACACCGAGCCGUGGCCCGCGGCCAAUUGGCGGUUGUAGAGGCGUUGCUUGUGAAUGGCGCAGAUGCCAAUGCAGAGGAUGGGCGUGGCGAAAGGCCCCUGCAUUUGGCUGCAGCACUUGGUGACUAUGCUGUCGUAAAGCUCCUGUUGCAAUACAGUGGCCAAGCCGGGGCACGCAACCGUUUGGGAAAAUUGCCGGAACACUGCGCACGAGAUCGUGGUCACACGGACGUCGUAACGUUGUUGGAGCACCGAGAGGAGUGGGUUGCGCCCGCUUUAGCGUCCACUGCGUGACAAAGUCAGCGGUUGAAUUAUCCAGACAUGGCUGCUCAGAAGUGAGCGCCAGAGGCUCACGGUUUCACCAACAAAAUGCCCAAUCGCGACGGGCAAAA